AAUAACAUUGCGACCAGAUUUUGAACCACGAAUUCUUUUUUUGCAUAUUUUUUACGACCCAGGCCCAUCCAGUCGCAAGUCAAGCAGAAAUCGCACCUUUCCCAGCCAUGGCCGCCGCCUCCACCAAGGUAUUCUCCCUCGAAGGGAAGGGCCUGAAACUCGACACGGCCAACGAUCUCGAAGCGCACAUCGCGCCCCUGCGGUCGAUGGGCGACGUCGAAGAAGUCAGGAUACUGGGCAACACCCUGGGCGUCGAAGCCUGCAAGCUUUUGGGCGAGGUGCUGGCCACUAAAAAGAGUCUACACACCGCGAACUUCGCCGACAUCUUUACGGGCCGGCUGCUCAACGAGAUCCCCGAGGCGCUCUCGUCGCUGCUGACGUCGAUACUCAACCUGCCCAACCUGCGCACCAUCAACCUCAACGACAACGCCUUCGGCCUCAACACGCAGGCGCCCCUCGUCGCCUUCCUCGCGGCCCACAUCCCGCUCCAGCACCUAUACCUCAACAAUAACGGGCUGGGCCCUCACGCGGGCAUCCUGAUCGCCGACGCGCUGUCGGAGCUGUACGCCAAGAAGGAGGCGGCUCGCAAGUCUGGUCAGCAGUCCAACGUCCCUGACCUCGAAACCGUCAUUUGCGGACGCAAUCGCCUCGAGAACGGCAGCAUGACGGCGUGGGCUCGAUGCUUCAGCUUGCAUAACAAGGUCAAGGUGGUCAAGAUGGUGCAGAACGGCAUCCGACAGGAGGGCAUCGCGCACCUGCUGUCCGCGGGGUUGACCCACGCGAAGGGAAUCCAGGUGCUCGAUCUGCAAGACAACACGUUCACGCUCAAAGCUGCAAAGCCGCUGGCCAAGGUGGUGCCCGUUUGGGCCAAUAUACAAGAGCUGGGCAUCGGCGACUCGCUGCUGGGCGCCAAGGGAGGUGUGUUGCUUGCCGGCGCUCUGGCCAAUGGUAACAACCAGAAGCUCGAGAUCCUGCGCCUGCAGUACAACGAUAUUACCGCCCCGGGCGUCAAAGCGCUCGCGGACGCUGCGAAGUCGCUUCCCGCGCUGAAGAAGAUCGAGCUGAACGGGAACAAGUUCUCCGAAGACGACGAGGCCAUCAUUGCACUGCGCGAACUGCUCGAGGAGCGCAAGGAAAAGCUCGGUGGCGAUGUUGUAGACGAGGACGCCUGGGGAGUUGAUAGCCUGAGUGAUCUGGAGGAGGAGGACUCCGACGAUGAGGAGGAAGAAGAGGAUGACGAGGCCGAAUAUGCGGAGGAGGACGUAGCGCCCCAGGAACGAGCCGAGAAGCUGAUUAAGGAGGCGGAGGAGGCACAGGAGGAGCCGACAGUUCAGAUCAAGGAUCCUGAGGUUGACGCUCUGGCCAAGGCGUUGGAGAAGACGAAUAUCUAAACUUUUACUACGGUUAAUGCGGAAUGCGGGAGCAAGCCCCGGAGGAACCCUAAGGAGAAAGGGGAAAAGCAAGGAAGAUUGACGAGAGCAUGUUGACGAUACCCACCUGACCACAACUUUAGAGAGACCCGACAAAAGAUCAUGUAGCAGACACACAAGAGAAGCCAACUCUAGACCCCUUAAAUUAAGGCACACACAUGGCCCUUAACAGAGUAACAGAGCUGGACACACGAAACCUCAUACUAUCACACAGCAUAAAAAUGGCGUGCAAGACUUGAAACGUGU